AUGCUCGACACAGGCAAAAGUUCCACCGGAAAAGUGAGUGAAGAAGAGGAAGAUUACCAUGAACGAAGCAUAAACAAAAUCAAGGACAUGACUCAAGCCACAGAUCUGGGAUCUAAACCAGACUGGAAGAUACAAGAACCCUUUGGGACACUGAAAAAAGCUAUGUCCAGCGGCACAAUCGAAGGACCACCAAGGAGAAUGGUGUUAAAGACCCACCCAAGGAGACAACCUACUAAUCUGGGGUGCGGGGAUUACGAUGAAUGGACGCCUGACCGCCGAAGAACACAACAGUCUACCGAAGAGCAGUUCGGCCCCCACUUGAGAGCAGAUGAACAGUCGACAAGAAUGCCUAACCAGCGGAUCGAGCAAGUAGCAAUAAAGUACGUGGAGAGAUACCCAAAUGCAUCAGAGAAGAGGAUUGCACUAAGUAGGAAGAUGGUAAGGGGCUGUCCAAAAAUGGAGAAGUUGGGGGAAACUAAGAGUUCGCGUCAUCAUAAGAUCCACCCAUCGAAUGAAGAUUGGAUCGAUGGAGACCUAUUUAGCGAUCUGUCCAAUAUGGUUCUCGGAGGUGGGCUUGAUCCAGAGUUGGAGGAGACAAUUCUUUUAAAUGCAACAAAGAAGGCCUUCCAUCCCAGGAUGUUGGAAGGGAAAUGA